UGUUAGAGUUAGUGAUAUAGGUUGGGUUAAGGUCACCUCUGAUUCAUGACACCCCAAAGAUCGUCGGAAGACCACCACAAACCACAAACCAACUCGUGGAGAUCCAUUGGAAGAUAGACCAUCUGAAAGCCAUUCCACCGAUACGAGUACAUGUAGGAGAGCAGACAAUGACGAGACCAUCACGCACUUCUACAUCUAGACAGACGCUGAUUCUCCUGAUAAGCUUGAGUAUCCUCCUGCAUUAUCAGGUAGAAGGAGUGUCAAGAUGCAACCAGCAACUGAUAGCUUCUGCCAGCAUUCACAGCGGAAGGUAUGCUACCACUGUCUCUCAUCAGCACAGGUGGCAAGGGUUGGCGUCUCCAGCAUUCAGGAGAAGCCGUCGAAGGAUACCUUCUUCAUGGGAUAAUAAUGACGUUCCUACAGCGCGCCUUGUUGCCAGGUCCAAGACCAAAAAGGAGCGAAAGGCCGACUCCACCAAAGAUACUAGUAGUACGGACAACGCGCCUCCAUCAGCCACGGAUCCCGAUGAUCCAUUUGCCAAUCCCAUGACGACACAAGAAAUCUACAGUUCUCUGGGACCCAUUGGAAAAUGCGUCGCUGGAUCCGUCGAAAUUGCCGUUUCGACCUGCAUGGAGUACAUUACGGGAUUUCUAGGUGGAUACUUUCUCGGAUACGUUACCGAUGCCCCACGCUUCAUGUUCCAAAAUGUCGACCCCAACCGAAAUCAACCCUUCUUCAACGAACUAUCACAACGAUUCCAGAGAAUGAACUCCAAAUCUUUUCGAUGGGCCAAAUCCUGGGGCGCCAUUUCCGCUGCCUUUGGAGGCUUUCGUGUUGCCACGAGAGUCGUACGAGGUGGAAAGGAGGAUGAAUGGAAUACUGUCUUCUCCACGGCUGCUGCCGGGGCCUUUUUUGCACGAAGUGAGGGACCACAAGCGAUGGCUCGAGCAGCCAUAACCUAUGGUUUCAUCAUGUACUUGAUAUCCGGUAAAGGCUUCUUCGGACCUAAAAAGGAGCCAUUUGAAUACCAAGACCAGCCCAUUGACGACGAAGAGGCGUGGUAAAUAAGUUGCACUGGAUUGGGGAAUGCUCAUUAUCAGACAGAGUUCCAAGGCUGAAACUGAGUGUGCCCAGCCACCAGAUCACUGGAAAGGGGAAAAGCCAUGCCAAUCUACUCGUGGUCAAAGUCUCUGUCUGUCUACGUCUGCUACCGUGCGAUACCACGACAACAACCAGCCUUUGCAUCAGCUCAACUCUCUCUCCUGCUAGAUUCGAUUCCGGUCCUCAGUGGGUUGCCGAUAAUGUAGUUGUUUUGGCAUGGUUUUCAACCAUACAGUCAAUAAACUGAGCUUGGGAUACUAGAAAAAGUCAAGGAGCUGACAAAAUGUAUAAUCCACCUUUAAAAGCUAUUUGUUUUCCUGCU